AUGAACAGCUGUUGUUUCGAUAACUGGAUCAACGGAAAAUAAUAUAACAUGCGAAAUUUGAAAUAAAAAUUCCCACAGUUUGCUUGAUACAAUUCCACAGAGAACUUAAAUACGAGUUCACUUCCCUACACCACAUUUAGACCAUGAAGACGCUUCUGAUAUUCAGUGUUUUGACUGUUAUACUUUACUACUGUGAAUGUGGUUUUAUAAGUCGUUUUUCUGAUGAAGACGGCAAUGAAGUCGAGCAUGGUACUGGUGCUGACUGUGUGAAAACAGAUGUGAAUGAAUACUUGGAUCAAGUGUUCGAGAAGGCCAGGAAUGAACUUCCAGACCCUAUGCGUUUGCCCCCAAGAUCAACUUUUGUUGAAUUGAAUGACGGUCGUCUUUGGGGCUUGUCUAACAUAACUAGACUUGGUGAAACGAAAGUCACCUGCGAUGGCGCUAGUAUUACCAUUAUAGGCAAAAUUACUACCGAUGAAUUAAAAGGUCGUUACACAUGGACCACAAAGAAGAAAUCAAAUGCGGAAGGAAAUGUGGUUUUUAUUUCUCAUGACUUUGAAGCAGAUUAUAAAGUAGUACUCAAAAAGAAAAAAGGAAAAGUCACCUAUCCAACCCUUAAAAGAUUCGUGAUCAAAAAAUUCAAGAAUCCACAAAUAGAGAUCUCUGGCGCUAGCUACCUUGGUUGGGCUUUAGGAGAACUUACUACUAGAUUUUCGCUUUUCUUUCAGCGUAUCAUCGCCAAAACUAUUCAAAAUCCUCUAAAAGAAGCAUUAGAAAGAGAGAUGAGAGAAAUCAAAAUUGAAUAAAUUGGUGUAACUUAAGUCUGAUUUUUUGGAAUUGUAUAACAAAAUUUUACUGAGAUGCAAAAUAGACAUUAUUCUGAACUAAAAUUUUUUUUUAAAAA